AUGGCGCCGACACCAGACGACUUCUCCUCCCCGGGGACGGCCACCUACGACUCGGAUACGCUUAAAGUCGGGGAUGGCACCUGGGAUUUCACCAAAGACACAUUCCUCCUCCCCAAUCUCAUGGGAGUACCCUUCGAUACUAUGAGAUAUAAUGGGAUGGGAAACCGCUUCUCGACUUUAACUCAAUACCACUCCAUCAUCAUUGCCCACGGGAUCCUCGCAGCUAUUGUUUUCCUUUUCAUUGUCCCGUUGUCUGUUUUCACGGUGCGGUUCUACGACCGACGACAGGGAUACGCCCGAGCGACGCACGCGAGAUUGAACAUCUUUGGAGGAAUACUACUACUGAUUGUCUUUAUCCUCGGAAACUUCGCCGUCGGCCGCAAGCGAAGCCUUACGAAUCCUCACCAUGGCAUCGGCGUUGCGAUUUUCCUGCUAUACAUCCUUCAGAUGGUCGGCGGUCGACUCAUACUGAACAUCCAAAAAUUCCGUUCCUUUAGGAUCUAUCUGCACCAAUGGUCUGGCAGGGCCAUUGCACUCCUGGGAAUCGUGCAGAUACCCCUUGGUCUUACUCUGUACGGGUCACCGCUGUUCACUUUCAUCAUGUUUGCUGUCUGGAUGGGUCUCUUGGUCCUAGUUUAUUUCAUCCUGGAGUUUAGGCGCCAGGGGCGACGUGAUGACUACUACGGCGGUGGUAGGUCAGAAGCGCAUAGCCGACUCACCGGCUCAGAAUACCCAGUCACAGAUGCUGGUCGAACUGAAAAGAGCGAGAAGCGAGGCUGGCUCGCUCCUAUUCUCGCCGGUGCCGGUCUUCUGGCCUUCUUGUCCGCAAAGAAGGGCAAGAGUGAGCGAAGUCGGAGUCGGAGUCGCAGCCGAAGCCGAAGUCGAUCGCGAUCGUAUAGCCGGAGUCAAGGUCCCGACCGCCUUGCUGCUUCUUCUCACCCUGGAACCAGCUACUAUGAUGAUGACAAGUAUUACGAUGAAGGUGAGAAGAAGAAAGGUGGUGGCUUCAUGACCAAGUUGAUGGGAAUUGGGGCCGCUCUCGGUGCAGCGAAACUGGUGUCUGGCAUGGGCAAGAAGAGUACUGGCGGCGGACGGGAUGAUGAGUACUCCGCAGUCUCAACCGAAACACCAAAACGCUACCCGCCACGUCGUGGGCCGUAUACCGUUAGCGACCUCAGUGAAAUCAGCGACCAAUACCGACGAGACCCGCGUGUGCCUCCGACGAUGGCUGCUCAGGCCAUGAGUGCCGCCGAGAGUGGACCUGGAGGCAGCUCUCGGCCUUAUGCUCCCCGCCCUGCUCACUCCCGAACCUACUCGCGACAUAGUUUUGAUGAUGACGAUUCCUACGACAGCCCUUCCCGGCGACCUCGAGACGACAAAUCCGGCGGCGUUGCCAAGGGGCUUCUUGCAGGGCUGGGGAUGGGCUGGCUCGCGAGCAAAUUUGGUAAGAAGAAGAAAGCACCGCGAGAUGAUGAGAGUUUCUAUAGGGACGAGGACGACCGAAGGUCAGGUAUAAGUGGAUCUCGAUUCACUGGCGAUGGUUACCCCUCUCCUAGCCGCAGCAACAGGAAGCACUCUCGACAGCCGUCCCGCCUAGGUGGUCGUCCGGCGGCUUCCAACAUUCUUAGCGAUGAAUCGUCGAUUGUUGAGCCACGUACCGGUGGCGGUGCUGGACCACCAAUGCCUCCACUGACUGGUUCCUACGGCACCCAUCCACCUGCGCCUGGACCUGGACCUGGACCCGGCCCUGGCCCUGCACCUGCACCUGCACCACCGCCUCCGCCACCUCCUCUACCUACUGGUCCUGGAUUUGUACCUGCUCCUCCUCCUCCCCCUCCAGAUUUUGGCAGGGCUCAGCGACAGCCCUCAUCUUCUCAUGAAGUCAUUGAACCCGUCAGCAUGCCGCCCAUGCCUCCAGACCCACUCGAUUCCAGGAGCUCGUUGAACAGGCCGCCCAGCGAUCGGUUACACAGAACCGACUCAUCCCGGCGACGACGCGCCGGUGAAGAAGCCGCAAUAGCCGCCGCAGCAUCAGCGAGCGCCCUCGCCGCAGAAGAAGAGCAAUUCCGCCGAGAACAAAGGGAGAGAGCGAGAGACCAGGGCACGCCGACGCGACCACCGCGCACGACCACCGUCAAGAUGACAGUUCACGACGAUCGAGUCAAUCUCCGGCGGCUGACGGACGAAGAGGCCGCCUCGUCGAGACGCGACCAGAGGUGGCGACGGGAUGGCUCCUUUAGCAGUAUCUCGGGCACCGAAACCCCCAGCAGACGGUACCGACGAGACUCGACCCAACGGCCGUCAGAGUCUGCCGCAGGGAAGACAACCGAAGGUGAAGGCGAGGGCUCUUCUCAGCUUUCCCCGCCGAACGCAGCCUUUGGCGCCGGUAGGCGGCCCAAGGAUUCGGCCUACUAUUCAGGCGCGGCGGGUCCUUCGGCAACCACUCCGCCGCAGACUGGCCAGCCCAUUUCCAGUCUAGGUAGUGAGAGUCAUGGAACAUGGAGUGGCCAGAUGAGUCCCUCUCCGGUCGACCGACCAGCGGGUUCGGCGGCGGAGAAUCGGAGGAGAAGGAGGUUCGAGAGACGGAGGAGUGUGAGCAAACAAGCAGGUGCAGGCGCGGACAUGUUUGAUUGA